GUCCUGCAGAGGAAAAUCAAGAGAGUCAGUUGAGUAAAGUUAAAUUCUGUAAAAGAACUUUGCACAAAAUUCUACCGAGUUCCAUAAAUUCUGUUAAUGUAAGAUAAUUAUUUCAUUCUGUAAAACAGAAGAUGCUUUAGGAUGAGGGUGGGGAAACAUUUAACUGAGAAACUCUGCACCUCUGUUAAGUGUUUGAUUUGGUGUUUUGAUUGGGUUGUUUAGUCUUUUUUCACCCCUGGAGCAUGCAAUUCUCCCUUUCCAUUGUUGAUUCUUUUUGUGAGAGCCAUGAAUUGCUUCUUAGCUAAGCCAGAUUUUAAAAAGAUUCAUAUACUUCAGAGUCUUAUUUUGAUUGUUGAGAAGGGAGGGCUGGAGCAUUGUGGUAUGCAGUUCUGAAGCCAAGGAGAAGGAUAUAAUCAGGAUUUCUUUAACAGAAAUUCAGAAGGGUGUGUUGGGGCCUUGUAGCCCUAACACUGGAUGGAUAGGCCAAGGAAUGAGCAUUGUGUCUCCCAGCCACACUUAUCCUCUGUUUGAAUAUAUGAAAAGUACAAAAUGCAUAAUAUUUGUGGCUCUUACAGCAAAAGCCCUGACUUUGUCUUUCAAAUCGGUCAAAUAGUCAAUCUAGUCAAAUACCUUUUUAUACAUGUACAUUUUAGAACUUAGAAAUAGUAUUUUUACUCUUACUGCAAAACAGAGCAAGCAGGUAUAUUCAAGGUCAGGGUGUUACCUGCUGAGAAAGGUAAGAAUGCCUCUUUGUUCACAAAGUUGCCAUCCAAGUCUAGGAAAUGAUCUGGGUUGAACUUCCAAGGGGUUGCCCAGUGCUCAGUGUCAUAGACCACAGAGUGCAGAUUUGGCAACACAAGCGUGCCCUGCAAGAAGCAGCAGAGAUCUCAUUUUCCAUAGAUUUUCCUUUUCUCUGUCAUAUAAAUGCUAAAUAUUAACAGCUCAAAGACGUCAGAAACAGGGUGGGUAUCCUUAUCCUCUGUACCUUUUUAAUGUGAAAACCCAGCAGAGUUGUGCUCCUCAGGCACUGUCGAGGGACCCCGACGGAGGUGACGUUGCUGUAGCGCAGAGCCUCGUGGAUCACAGCGUUUGUGUAGGGCAGCUGCUUACGGUCCUCAUAGCUGAUGACAUGGGAGGGUUCCAGAACAGCCUCUAUCUCUCUUUGAACCUUUUCUGCAGACAAAUGAUAAUACUUUCAUUUCCCCCUCUGCACCCCCCCCCUUCCUCCCUUUAUUUCCAGUAGAUUUUUGUGUGAGAAUGUCCUGUCCAAAGGAAAUAAAAAAAAAGAAAUUAUGUUGCUAUGAAAUGAUUUGGCAUGUGGUUUGACUGCUGUGUAGGUUUCAGUUGAUCAAAAAGUGCUUCUCCCUGAAUCCUCAUUUAAGACACCUACUUGGUGAUGAGGAUAGUACAAUUUUUGUGUUUCAAAAAAUGGAUUAAAAUUUUAAAUGACAGGUAUAAUUUCCAUUGUUUAUAAAUAUGUAUCAGAUUGGAUAUAUUUUAAAAACUUUUCUACUUUGAAAUUUGGGAGAAGACUAGGUUGCAUAUGAAAUGUCUUUAAUUUGUUAUUCUGUCUUGCCAACCUGUUCUAGAGAGGUAAAACUGUGGCCACUACUAAUUUCUGCUAGUGUUGCUGGUGAACCAGAUGGGGAAGCAUCUGUUUGUUUCAUUUAUUGACCUUCCAUUUUCUGGAUCCUAGUUGCUGAUGUACCACCAUUCAUGUGCAUAGCUAAGGGUUUUUUUGAUGCCUUACAAGUUAUUGAUCUAUAUUAUUACACUAAUGAUGUUCAUUGUGAUGUUGAAUGCAGCUCUCUCUGAUGUGCUUUUGCUCACCUUGUAUAUCUGGGUAUUGUACCAUGUAGAGCAGUGCCCAGAGAAGGGUGGUGCUUGUUGUUUCUGUCCCUCCUAGCAAAAGAUCAACCACAGUCUGAACCAUAUUUUCUUUAUUGAAUGUAGAAGUAGGGUCGUUCUUGGUCUGUAGGGCAUAUUCACAAGAAGACUAUGAAAGAGAUAAUUUCAGAUAUUUCACCAGUCACAUAGAAACUGUCAUUGUUUGAUGAUAACAGUGAGCAGCCCAUCAAAUCAAACACCUUCAGUGCUGCACAAAUAGAGUGUGCAUAUAAAAAUCCUUUGGCAGUUAUUGGAACAGCAAGUGUUUGUAGUAGGCAUUGAAGCCAAGGAAGGGAGAGUGUGAUAAGAGAUACUUACUUUUGUUAUUUGAGCCAGGUAGAAGUCAAUGAGAUCCUGUGGAUCACCUGUGUUCUGUCUUUCAUGGCCCUGAACCUCCUCCAUGACUAAUCUGUGCAUGAAGUCAUUGUAUGCAAACACCUCCUGAUGAGGCCCUGGGAGAUGGUGCAUGAGCCAUGGGAAAGCAUCAUACAGCUGUGGUGUUAAACAGAAAGCAGAGAGUGUCAGAUCCCACUUCUGAUUUUCUGAUAAUUGUGAAGUCACCACAUCAUGUGGGCAACCAAACUGGGAUGAGAGGCAACAGACACAAGUAAGAGAGAUUAAAUACUGGGAACGUGAUUAUAUUUUACUUUUUGGAUCAACACCUAAUAAUGUAACAGGGGUUCUGAAAAUGGGUGAGUAAUUGAGUGCUGAAUCUGACUUGCAAACAAAUUUUUCUCAGCCUCUUAUUUUUUUACUGUAAUUUUUUUAGGCAUCCCUUUAUGAAGAACCAUAAAAGAUGGUCUUUUAGAAUGCCAGUGUGCCAAAAUCUGCACAAGUUAAGCAACAGCUAGGGUUUCAAGAACUUAAUAUUCUUCUUGGUGUGAUGUUGUAACCUGUAUUUUAUAGGAAGCUUAGAAUAACUCAGAUCUUGAUGGUAAUAUGAAUUAUGAAUUGAAGCAAGAUGUCCUUUCAAAAAAGCAUCCAUUUGAAGACUUAGUUCUUAUUAACUGCCUUUCUGGAUUUGCAAGACUAAAUGAAAUUUUAGAAGCUGCUUUCAUUUAAGAACUAAGAAUCUUAAAUACACAGUGUUCUGCAAAUGAUUGCUCAUUGGAAAUCUGUGAAAAGCAAUGAUGAUCUAGAAUUUUAAUUUUAGGAUGUGAUUUACAGACAUAAAGAAGAAUUAGAAGCCAAUAAUUACAUAUACAAAGUAUGUAUUUAUUUAUUACUUCACUGUGGCUUGUAGAACUAUGGUAUAUUUGGAAAUGAAAAUGUUUGUGAAUAAUUGACUUUUAAUUUCUUUUGACUUGUCAAGUGCAAAUGUAUCUUAAGGAACAAGAAAAGUAGGCUCUUACCCUGCCCCAGAUAGUACCUUGAAAGUAGAUCACAGAAUAAAUAGCUUUGAUGAGUUUGCUGAAAGAUUCAUCCUCACUGGAGAAGCAAUGACCGAAAACAACAGCACAAAUGAUAUUUGCAAUUGCAUGGACGAUGGAAUUGUGGGGGUCAAAAGGUUUGCCUGUGAAUAUGGGAGGUGCUGUGAGGACUUCUGAAUAGACUACAGCAAGAAAAAUGAGGAAGACUUUCUUUUUUAAUGGUAAAAACAACAAGGCAUCAGACUAUUUUUAGAAGAAAUUCUGAUGUAUGAAUGUUGCUCUCAGAAGAGAGAUGGGCCUGGUCCAAGGAGAUUUGGAAAGAGACCUCAGGCAACCUCUCUGUGUUUCCACAUGGAACAAGAUGUGGAUGAAACCAUGCACGUGUUCUAUUAAAUCUACAGAAAAGAACAAAGAAAUGGAAGAAACAGGAAAAACUUUUAAUCCUUACUGAUUUGUGGAUUCCAUAAGUUUACCAGAGAGUUCAUCCAGCUGGUCCUGUCUGGUUAAAAGGAAGGACAGAUGUAUUAGAAAACACAGCCUGGUGUUCUUGCUGCCUGGCCUGGCCUCAAGCUAAACAGCGCAGUGCACAGUUCCUGAAUAUGCAAUGGAAGAGUUGUGGAUUUCCUCCUGGACCAACCCCAUUUCCCAUCAUUGGAAGCAUCUGGUGGAUAAACUUUAGAGCUGAUCAUCGGAGCCUGAAAAAGCUGGCAAAAACCUAUGGCAACAUCUGCACCCUGUGGUUGGGUCACAGACCUAUGAUGGUGCUCUAUGGGUUCCAAGCUGUGAAGAAUGGUCUCACCAACAACUCGGAGGAUGUUUCAGGGCGACUGCAGACCUACAUUUUCAACAAACUGGCAGAUGGAAAGGGUAUCUUGGUCUCAAAUGGUCUCAUCUGGAAACAACAGAGACAUUUUGGAUUUGGAACUCUCCGAAAACUGGGAAUGGGGAAUAAAGGAAUGGAGCGUGGGAUCCAAACCGAGGCCCGUUACCUGGUGGAGUUCUUCAGAGACAAGGAGGGAGAAGCUGUGGACCCUUCCUUCCCCAUUGUCCAUGCUGUCUCCAAUGUGAUUUGUGCUGUGGUUUUUGGACAUCGUUUCUCUCUGGAGGAUAAAACCUUCCACCAACUGAUUGAAGCCUUCGAUUAUAUAGUGGCUUUUGGGAACAGCCGCUUUUAUUAUAUGUGUGAAAUGUUCCCGUGGUUUGCAGAGCACCUCCCAGGACCUCUACAGAAAGCAAGAUUUUCCCGGGAUUUUGUUUGUUCCUUUGUGAGGCAGGAAAUCAAGAGCCACAGGGAAAAAGGCAGAAUAGAUGAACCAGAAGAUUUUAUUGACUUUUACCUGAAGCAAUUAGAGAAAACUAAAAAUGUCCCCAAUUCUACGUUUGAUGAAGACAACAUGGUGCAGUCUGUUUUUGACCUUUUCCUGGGUGGCUCAGAGACCACAGCCACCACUCUGCGCUGGGCUCUGCUCUAUAUGUUGGUUUACCCUGACAUCCAAGACAAAGUCCAGAAAGAGCUGGAUGCUGUUCUGAGUCCCUCCCAUCUCAUCUGCUACGAGGAUCGGAAGAAGCUGCCGUACACAAAUGCUGUGGUUCAUGAGAUCCUCCGCUUCAGCAGCAUUGUUUUAAUCACAAUUCCCAGAGAAGCUGUGAAGGAUACCACUGUUCUGGGGUAUCAUGUUCCAAAGGGCACUCUAAUCAUGGCAAAUGUAGACUCAGCUCUUUUUGACCCUGACUAUUGGGAGACACCUCACCAGUUCAACCCUGGCCAUUUCUUGGACAAGGGUGGAAAUUUUGUGACCCGAGAGGCCUUCUUGGCCUUCUCAGCAGGUCACCGUGCUUGUCCGGGAGAGACAAUGGCCAAGAUGGAGCUUUUCAUCAUGUUCUGCAGCCUGUUGCAGAAAUUCAAGUUCACUCUACCAGAAGGAGUUAAGGAAAUCAACACAGACUUUGUCUUUGGGAGCACCAUGAAACCCCAUCCCUACAAGCUCUGUGCAGUUCUGCGCUAGGUUGCUCAGUAUUAGAGAUGUAAGAAGCACAGACACAGGUAUGGUAGUGUGCUGGUAUUUGUGCAGCUUUAUGGGUCUCAUUUUUAGCUCAAAUUCAGUACAAAUCUCUCCUUGUGUUAUAUGUCUUAGAAGCCAGGCCUAAAAAAUACUCUGCUUUUCCUGUGUCUGGAAAGUGUCUGUACUGCAUUUUUUUCCCUGCUGUGUUACAAAUAAAAUAAAUGUAGACAAUUA